AUGGAUUUCUUGAAGAAGGUCGCUAACGAAGUCGAGAGCGCCACCAAGAACCAGGCCGGCAGCACCUCCGAGUCGAAUGGAAAGACCGAGAACCAGAGCAAUCCCACAACUGCCGUGCUCGGUGCUCUCAACAAUGCGCUUGGAGGAGGUGCCCAGGGGGAGAAGAAAGAAGCCAUCGACCUUGUCCAGGAGCACGUCUUGAAGGCGGGUGACCAGUCCAACGAAUCGGCCAUUGAGCAAGCCAAGGACGCGCAGAUCGCGAGCGCUAUUCGUACCGGUUAUAAGACCGUCACUGGAAAGGAGUUCCCUAUCUCUGAGUCCCAGAAAUCAUAA